AUCGCAACGAACGAAAUAAACCAGAGCAUCGUUCUUCCAGCCAAGGACCCUUGUCAUCCAUUCGAGCGGUAAUCAAGAGAUCAUCUCGGACUUCUAUUCAGAGUGAACUUCAUCGGGAUAGGAGGCGCCCAGAGAUCACCAUUGUGGCAGCAGAGCCACUGAGGCCAGCCUCGUGGUUCCCAGGAGGCCCGCCCCCAGGCUUAGGAUUUCCCCCGGCUCCUGCAGCUGGUCCUUGGAGGCCAAAUGAGCUGGUUCCUGCUGAGCUCCCGCCCUCUUAUGAGCAAGUCAUAAAAGAAAUCAACCAAGUUCAAGUUAAUACUACAAAUAAUAAUAAUGCUGCUGCCACUCCAAGGCACACUAUUACUUCUGCAACUCAGACUGACUUUUUAGAAGAAAUAGACAACCACCUGCCUCAAACACUACAGCCACCUCUCAAGCCCCUGCAGCCUCCCCCAGCAGCCUCGUGUGGCGAUCUUCCAGCAAAUGUAGCGCCUUUAAUAGUCUUUGAUAUUUCCGAAGAACAGAAUUGUCCAGAAAACACCAGUGCUACAAGAUGUCCUGUGCCAAGACCAAGAUCAAAAAGCAACCUCAGGCCAAUAGUUAGAGAUACAAACAUUAAAGAAAAAAGUAACCAGAAAACCAGUCCAGCAGUCCCAGAAGAGGAGUCAUCCCCAGGCCAGCCCCAGUCUCUGUUGGACAAUAACGACUUAGAUAGUCAGGCAGUGAUGAACAUUAUGAACACAGAACAAAGCCAAAAUAAUAUUGUUUCAAGGAUCAAAGCAUUUGAGGGUCAGACAAAUGCAGAAACCUCGGGACUGACCAAGAAACCAGAAAUUACUCCCCGCACACUUCCCCCAAAGCCUGCUGUUUCCUCAGGGAAACCUUCUGUGGCUCCCAAACCAGCUGCUAGCCGAGCUUCUGGAGAAUGGGACACGUGGGCUGAAAACAGACUCAAGGUGACCCCGAGGGAAGGGCUCACCCCGUACUCCUCACCACAAGAAGCAGGAAGCAUCCCCAUAACCAAACCCGAAUUGCCAAAGAAACCAACUCCUGGCCUUAUACGAAGUGGUAAUCAUGAGAUUGCAGGGGGAGGGCCCACGGUCGAGAGCCCUGGUGUUGGGAAGAAAAUCCCAACUCCUGCUCCAAGGCCUUUGCUGCCGAAGAAGUCGGUUUCCUCAGAAAACCCUCCCUGCCCUUCUGCUCCACCUAAACCAGUCCCUGUGCCUCCCCGACUCUCCGUGGCAUCGCAAGCCAAAGCAUUCAGGUCACUGGGAGAAGGAUCCCCGGCCACUCCCCCAGUUCCAGCUCUGCAAAGCAAGCCCCUGGGGGACAUCGACCUCAUCAGCUUUGACGAUGAUGUUUUACCCUCCUCAUCUGGGAACGUGGCUGAAGAGUCUGUUGGUUCAGAAAUGAUUCUAGAUCCCUUUCAGCUCCCCACAAAAACAGAGCCAACAAGAGAAAGAGCAAUUCAACCAGCAACCACCAGGAAGCCCACUGUAAUUCGAAUUCCAGCCAAACCAGGAAAAUGUUUACCUGAGGAUCCGCAAAGCCCACCUCCGCUCCCCGCUGAAAAACCUAUUGGAAACACUUACAGUAUAGCAUCUGGAAGACUCAGUAAUGCUGACAGAACAAGAAAUGUGGAACCCGACCAUACAGGCGAAACAGGAGGUUCUGGGCGAGGACCCCCUAGGUUGCCACCAAGACCUGUAAAUGGCAAAGUGAUUCAAACUCGACGGCCUCCUCCCAAAGGGGCCCCUGAGAGACCACCACCUCCCAAACUUUCUGCCACUAGAACACCAAGUAAAAAACUGCCUUUUAAUCGCUCCUCUUCUGACAUGGAUCUCCAGAAAAGACAAAGUCACAUGGCAUCUGGACUCUCAAAAGCCAGGAGCCAAGUCUUUAAAAAUCAAGAUCCGGUGCUGCCCCCUCGCCCGAAACCAGGACACCCUCUGUACAAGAAAUACAUGCUACCUGUGCCUCAUGGAAUUGCCAAUGAAGACAUUGUCUCUCGAAACCCCGGAGAGCUCUCUUGUAAGCGUGGGGACGUACUUGUGAUGCUGAAGCAGGCAGAAAAUAAUUACUUGGAAUGCCAAAAGGGAGAAGGUACCGGCAGAGUUCACGCGUCUCAGAUGAACAUCAUCACUCCUCUUGAUGAACAUCUUAGAAGCAGAGCCAACCCCUGUUUGACCCCUAAGGAUUCAAGCCAUGCUCAGAAGCCUAUUGACAGUAAUACUCCUCAUGCUGUUGUUCUUCAUGAUUUUCCAGCAGACUGUGAUAUUACAGAGCAAGCUGAUGAUCUGAACCUCACAUCUGGAGAAAUUGUGUAUCUUCUCGAAAAAAUAGAUGCAGACUGGUACAGAGGAAAGUGCAGAAACCAGACCGGUGUGCUUCCGGCCAGCUACGUGAAAGUCAUCGUUGAUAUUCCAGAAGGAGGAAGUGGGAAAAGAGAAUCUGUUUCAUCUCAUUGUGUUAAUGCAGACCCAAGAUGCAUUGCUCGGUUUGAAUAUAUUGGAGAUCAGAAGGAUGAGUUAAGUUUCUCAGAGGGAGAAAUCAUUUUUCUUAAAGAGUAUGUGAAUGAGGAGUGGGCCAGAGGAGAGCUUGGAGACAGAACUGGGCUUUUUCCCCUGAACUUCGUGGAGCUCAUUGAGGAUCACCCCUCCUCUGGAGCAGAUGUUUUAAGCACAAAGGUACCACUGAAAACCAAAAAAGAAGAUUCUGGCUCAGAUUCUCAGGAGAACAGCCUUUCUGGAGAAUGGUGCAGAGCCCUCCACAGCUUUACAGCCGAGACCAGUGACGACUUAUCCUUCAGGAGGGGAGACCGGAUCCUGAUCCUCGAGCGGCUGGACUCCGACUGGUACCGGGGCCGACUGCGCGACCGGGAGGGGACCUUCCCGGCGGUGUUCGUGCAGCCCUGCCCAGCUGAGGCGAAAAGUAUGUCUGCCACAGCCCUGAAAGGGAGGAAGGCCAAAGCCUUGUACGACUUCCACGGGGAGAAUGAAGAUGAACUCUCCUUCAAGGCUGGAGCUAUAAUAUCAGAGCUGGAAACUGUAGAUGAUGACUGGAUGAGUGGAGAACUAAUGGGAAAAUCUGGGAUAUUUCCCAAAAACUACGUCCAGUUUCUGCAAGUCAGCUAAAGGUGAAGGUGGACUGCUCCUUGGCACGAGAACUCACUUGAACUAUCAACUUCGACUAUCAGAUAUGUUUUUGCACUAUUUUUUUAAGCAGAAAUAUGUGAGGUAUACAUGGUACAGUAGAAUUUUCUGAAAGCAGAAAACUUGCAGGUUUUGUGGUCAGUUUUCGUUCGCAGAAGCAAGGCGCACACGGAGAGCCGCGAGCUAGGGACCUCCGAGGGAACCGGAAACGUGCGGGGGGCUGGGCGGGCGGAGGGGCGUGUCCCCGGGGAGGGCGGCGGCGCGGCGGCCGGGUGGCUCACAAGCGAAGUCGCGCUUGGACGUCGGUUUCAGUUAGCACAAAUGAAUUAGCCACGGUUCUUCAUUUCUUAGUUUAAAAAGGGGACGUGUGGCGUUCUACGUGCUCUAACUAUCAGGACAUGGUUGGUAAUCUAAAUUUCACUUUUGAUACUCAGAUUCGUUCUAACAGCUUGAGCACAGUAGCCUUCGUGCCGGGGCAGAGUCUUGCUUGGGGACGGUAGAGGACGCAGCACCGGGAGCAUUUGUGAGCACAUGGUGAGGUCAGCUCACGCCCACCAGAUGCUCUUGUGUUCCUGGUCACUGUUCGCCCACGGCUUUGAAGGGGUUCAAACUUGGGUGCGUCUCACUUAGUGCAAAGAACCACAGCCGUCCGACACGCCUUCUAAUGCAACUAACCUUCCCACCUACGUGCCGUCCUUCCCUCGGUGUGUACAUGCCAGCAGCACAUCUUCCGGUUCUGCAGUCAUUCCUUUGACAGUUACUGGUACCCAAAGGAAAAUUCAUUUUCCUUGCAUUACCCCAGUCAUAUGUAAAAGUUGUGUCUUGUUAUAGCAGUACAUUAUAAAUUACAUAUGCUAUCUUAGAGUACAAAGCAGCUAUUGGGAUGAAGGCCGUUCCCAGACCCCACAGCUCCUUUCUUUGCAGUAUAAUCAGAGAAGAAAAUAAUCUGAGAGGACUGAAGGCUGGGACCUCUUUCCCAGCUGGUCUCCGCACAAGUAUUAGAGGAAACAAAACACCACUUUCCUGCCACGCACUGUCACACAUUCCAAGCUGAAGAUAAAAGUGGUUCUUUGAUUGAAUCAAUUACAAUUUACAGGCUCAAACCAAAAAGGUUGAAGACAAUCUUCCAGACAGAUCAGUGGAAUGACAUUUCAUUGGAAAUGUAAAAUACCUUGCCAACAAUGUUCGUGACUUUCUUCUGUUCUCGAGAAGAGUUUCAUAUGCUGGACCACUUUUUUAGCUUUUGUUGUUUUUCCCCCAUUGUCCAAAAAGCUAGGCAGCCAGUGAUCCCGGCACUAGCUAAACACCAUGCGGAGUUCUGCACGGAAGCAGUAUCUACUCUGUCCUUGACCGAAGCUCAUCCCCCAGGUGUACGGCUAUGUUUGAUUUUAGAGUACAGGAGCUGUGUCUUAAGUAAAGAAAAGAGUGUAAAGAAAAUCCUUGUUGAAUUUCUCUCAAAAGUAACUUCAUGGGAAAUGGAUUAAAACGUUACCUAAACUCAGUGCUCAUUUGCAGCAAGUUGUACGUCAGCAGUAAGGCGCAGAGGUGUGGAGGGGGACGUGAGCUGUGUAUCUUUGCCUGUGUCAUUGUAACAUCUUAUAAUGAAGAGUCUGAAAGCUUGUCUUCACUAGAGGAAAAAAAAAUCCCUCUUAAAUGCUGACCUUCUGUAAGCAGAAUAAGUGCAAUAGUUGUAAAUCUACUUGACAGUAUAAUAAACUGAACCGAAGUUCUCCAAGUCCCUUUCUAAGGCUACACUGAGUUUUUCUGAGAGUGGGAACGGUAUCUUACAUCCCUUUAUGUCUCCAGUCCUUUGUACUGGACUGGGUGGGUGGAUGGGUCGGUGGAUGACUUCACAUUUAGCAAUACUCUCUUGGAUUUACUCAAUGUUAUUCCUCUUUAAUUUGUUGACAGAAGUCUAUAUUGAAAUAAAAUUCAUGGUUACCAUA